AUGCGACCUCUGACUCCUCUCAUGACUACAACCUCCGAAACAGCCAAAAUAUUUGGUAAAGGGGAUACACCUAGUGAAACUACAGCACCAUGUUCAUCGUCUAGAGUUCAUGAACAAGGUGAAGAGGAUAGGCCAGAUUCAUGGGAAACAAACGAUGGCACUAUCAGGUCACCUCAGUUAGACCAAAUGGAUGGUGGUGAUAUGAUCGAGGAGCCAAAAACGGGGAUGGAGUUUGAUUCUUUAGAGGAAUUAAUGAGCUAUUAUAAGUUAUAUGCUAAGAAAUGCGGGUUUGGAUCCAUGACACAAAGGAGUGAGAGGGUUGACAAAGAGAGUGUCAGGUAUGUCACUCUUGGUUGUGCUCAUGGGGGAAAGGCUCGAAAUAAAAUGAUGAAUGUCGGCAAACCAUGCCCGAUAGGAAAGACUAACUGUAAGGCAAGGAUUAAUGCCUUAAAAGUUGAGGGAAAGAUGCAGUUGACCACAGUUCAUAAUACUCACAAUCACAGACUGAGUCCACAGAAAUCCCGCUUCUUCAGCUGUAAUCGCAAAGUUAGUGAGGUUGUAAAAAGAGUACUAGAUACUAACGACCUGGCUGGCAUCCGAAUGAACAAGAGCUUCUGGUCUCUUGUUGUUGGCAUGGGAGGGUUUGAGAACCUCCCAUUUUUGGAAAAGGAUUGUCACAAUUACAUAGAUAAGGCAAGACAUCUACUACUUGGGUCAGGUGGUGCUGGAGCGUUUCAAGACUAUUUUUCUAGAAUACAGUACAAGAAUCCUAGAUUCUUUUACUUGAUGGAUUUAGAUGAUGAUGGGAGGUUAAGGAAUGUCUUCUGGGCAGAUCCAUGCAGUAGGGUAGCUUAUCAAGAUUUUGGUGAUGUGAUAACAUUUGACGACACUACGUACCUGACGAAUAGGUAUGGGAUGCCCUUCGCACCCUUUGUUAGUGUAAACCAUCACGGCCAGUUGAUUCUCUUGGGAGCAUGGUUAAUUUCCAGUGAGGACACAGACCCUUUUAUAUGA